AUGUAUGCUGUGUCUAUUAGUGAUGAGGGUGACUGUUACCGAUGUUUCCCGCCCGAUCCGGGCAUUGAGACUGCUACUCUAGGUACUGGUACGGCUGCUGCCCUAGGUGCGUGCGACGCUGCUGCUCUAGGUGCUGGUGUGUCUGCGUCCUCAGGUACUGGUGAGUCUGCGCUCUCAGGUACUGCGUCGGCUUCGGCCUCCCUCACCUUCACCCUUGACUCUGGGGCGUCUCGCUCCUUCUUUCGAGACCGCACCACACUCACGCCGCUUAGUCGGCCGGUUGCGGUGUCUCUGGCUGACCCCUCUGGGGGUCCUGUCCUGUCUCGCUUCUCCACAGUCCUCCCUUGUCCGGCGGCUCCCUCUGGCACCCUGUCUGGUCUCUACCUCCCCUCGUUCUUGACGAACCUGGUGAGUGGUGCUGACCUACAGGAUGGGGGAGUACACAAGUUCACUCCUGCGCAUCAGCGGGUGACGCACUGUACUGAGGCUAGCACAGGCCGGCACCUGGCUACGUUUACCCGUCAGCCGGGGUCGAGCCUGUACACACUGACCACUGCGUCCCCUCAAGUUGCUGAGUCUGGUAGGGUAGCUGCGUCGAGUCAGGUGUUUGCUGCGGCGUCCAGGUCUGGUCCUGAGUCUGCCCCCUGUUCGUGUCGUCUCCUGUCUCACGAGACUCUCCUCUUGCACCACCGCCUUGGCCACCCCUCUCUGCUUCGGCUCAGAGGCAUGGCCUCCCGUCUUCUUGUGUCUGGUCUCCCCCGGUCCCUCCCUCCCCUUCCUCAGAGCCCUGGCCCUGCCUGUGUCCCCUGUGUCGAGGGGCGCCAGCGGGCUGCCCCCCACUCCUCCCAGUUUCCUCCAACAGAGGCCCCGUUGCAGACGCUUCACAUGGACGUGUGGGGCCCAGCCCGUGUCCGUGGACAGGGUCACGAGCGCUACUUUCUGCUCGUUGUUGACGACUACUCACGUUACACCACAGUCUUCCCCUUGCGCAGCAAGGGUGAUGUCACUGAGGUGUUGAUCGACUGGAUCCGCGCAGCUCGUCUUCAGCUUAGGCAGCGCUUUGGCUCGGACUUUCCUGUUUUGCAUCUGCACUCGGACAGAGGCGGAGAGUUUUCCUUCGGCCUUCUGCGAGCCUUCUGUCGUGCACGAGGCAUCCGUCAGACCUUCACGCUUCCGGACUCACCGCAGCAAAAUGGGAUUGCUGAGCGCCGCAUUGGCAUGGUCAUGGACGUCGCUCGUACGUCUAUGAUGCAUGCGGCUGCCCCCCAUUUUCUGUGGCCGUUUGCGGUUGGCGAUGCGUCGGCGUUCCGGGUCUGGGGAUCUCGGGCGUUUGUCCGCGACUUGUCUGCGGAGAAGCUGUCCCCUCGUGCUGCUCCUUUCGUCUUCCUGGGGUUCCCCCCCGACGCGCCUGGGUGGCAGUUCUACCACCCCACCUCUCGCCGUGUUCUGUCCUCCGAGGACGUCACGUUUGACGAGUCGGUCCCCUACUACCGCCUCUUCCCCUACCGCACUCCGUCCCUCCCCCCACCCCCACUCUUCCUGGUACCAGGUCCCCCUCAGGUAGACCCCCUGCCCCCUCAGGGUCCUGCCCCUUCAGGUGUGUCCCAGGUAGACGCAGUCGAGCCUGUCGAGGUCACUGGUGACUCUGGUGCUGCUGAGGGUGCUGCCGCUGGGGGUGUUGAGCCUGGGGCUGCUGGACCUGGGGGUGCGGGGCCUGGGGGUGCUGCGUCUGGGGGUGUUGAGCCUGGGGGUGCUGAGCCUGGGGGUACUACGUCUGGGGGUGCUGAGCCAGGGCUUACUGAGCCGGGGGGUGCUGAGCCUGGGGGUGCUACGCCUGGGGGUACUGCGUGUGGAGGUGCUCCACCUGGAGGUUCUCCGGGUUCUUCGGCUGCUGAGGGUGCUGCGGUCGCACGUCCCGGAGGUGCUCGUACUAGUAGUACUGGAGCUGUUGGCGCUGAGACUGCCGCUGGCGGUCCUGCUGGAGGUGCUCCUGGUGCUGCUGGAGGUUUUGGAGCUGCUGGAGUUGCUGCUGGACCCGGUGCUCCUACUGAGGGUACUGGUGCUGUCCCUGCUGCUUCUGGCGUCGCCACGCGGCCUCGAUCGUACUUCGUUCCACUCCUGCAGCAGGUUCUUGGUCUUCCACCUUCUGCUGGUCCUCCUCCUCCCUUAGAGUGUCUGCAGCCUGUCCAGCCACAGUUUCAGCUGCAGCCUACCUCCCCUUUGCCUGCUCCUUCUCCCUACACUGGUCCUACUAAAGGUCUUGCUGAGCAUCGUGAGCCUGCGUCUUGCCCUACGUUGCCUUUCCGUCCUGCUCGCGCUAGUAGUCGUAGUUCGCGUGAGCGUCCUCCUCCUGUCCUUGGUACGCACCGGAUGUCUCUGCGUCCGUGCACUGCUCCUCUGCGUGCCCCUUUGCCUUCUCCUCCUGAGUCCUCUCUUCCUGCUCUUCCCGACCCUGAGUCGGACUCUCUUCCUGCUGCCAGUCCUACUGUCAUGCGUCUCCUUGCUACUGUCAUCACUGACCCUUCUUUUGAGUCUACUGCUGGGUCUGCUCUAGUUGCUGAGCUCUUCGACUUUGCUGCUCGCUGUCGCUUAGACUACGCUGCAAGUCUUGUCGCUGAGUAUGAGUCUGUCUGUCCUCCGUCCAUUGAGGGUGAGUGUGCCCUUGGCACGGACGUCCUUGAGGACAGGCAGGAGGAGUUCCAGUGUUUGGCAGUUGCUUCACCUCAUCUCGUGUCCGUACUGCUUACCCCUGAGGGAGACCCGGAUGCACUUUACAUCCCGACUCCGCGCUCUUACGCGGAGGCGAUAGAGGGUCCCUACUCCUCUCAGUGGCAGGCAGCUAUGGAUGCAGAGAUGGCUUCCUGGAAGUCCACAGGCACCUACGUUGACGCUGUCCCCCCUCCUGGGGCGAACAUCGUCAGUGGCAUGUGGAUCUUCAGGGUGAAGCGGCCGCCGGGUUCUCCGCCUGUCUUCAAGGCGCGUUACGUGGCUCGUGGCUUCAGUCAGCGGCAGGGAGUUGACUACUUUCAUACCUUCUCCCCCACCCCGAAGAUGACCACUCUUCGGGUACUGCUGCACGUUGCUGCUCACCGUGACUACGAGCUGCACUCUCUCGACUUCAGCACAGCUUUCUUGCAGGGCAGCCUGCACGAGGAGAUCUGGCUGCGUCGCCCUCCUGGCUUCACUGGGUCUUUCCCUCCUGGUACCCAAUGGAGUCUCCGGCGUCCAGUCUACGGUCUCCGCCAGGCGCCACGUGAGUGGCACGACACACUGAGGACUACGCUUGCGGCUCUUAGGUUUGCUCCUUCUAAUGCUGACCCGUCGCUGUUUCUGCGCACCGACACCUCUCUGCCGCCGUUCUACAUCCUCGUGUACGUCGACGACUUGGUCUUCGCCACAGCUGACACUGCUGGACUCGCCUACGUGAAGUCCGAGCUGCAGAAGAGACACACGUGCACAGACCUGGAGCACAUGGCUGCAGCGAAGAGGGUGUUGCGCUACUUGUGCAGUACGUCGGGCAUGGGGCUAGUGCUUGGAGGGCGGAGUCCAGUGGUCCUUACUGGGCACGCGGACGCUUCUUGGGCUGACGACCAGGCUACGCAGCGGUCGUCACAGGGUUACACCUUCAGCCUUGGUUCCGGCUCUGUUUCGUGGCGGGCUACUCGCUCGUCUUCUGUUCUCGGCUCCAGUUGUGAGGCUGAGAUCUACGCCGGGGCCAUGGAUGCACAGGAGCUUCGCUGGCUCACCUACCUGCUGACCGACCUUGGAGAGCCGCCUCGUUCUCCUCCAGUCCUGUACGUAGACAACAAGGCCAUGCUGGCCUUGUGUCGAGAGCAGCGACUGAAGCACAGAACGAAGCACAUUGCUCUCCGCUACUUCCUUGCUCGUGAGCUACGGCAGCGUGGACAGUUGCGGCUUGCGUACGUGGCCUCUGAGGCCAACACUGCUGAUGUCUUCACCAAGGCACUUGCGCCUUGUGAUCAUCAGCGCUUCUGCACUCAGCUGGGUCUUGUGCCCGUCUUGCCUCACUUGCUCUCCUCUUAA